CUGUUGUUGAUGGUUCUUUCGAGUGACAUUAUUGCUUGCAACUUAACAAUCAUCCUUUUUGCAUGUUGAAACAGCCAACUGAAUAUAAUACAUACGCAGAUAUUGAUGCUGCAUAUAAAUGCCUAAAAGAACAAUAUGGGGUGAAAGAUGACCAAUUGAUACUGUAUGGUCAAUCUGUUGGGAGUGGUCCCACACUUGAUCUUGCUUCACAGAUACCAGAAUUGAGAGGGGUUGUCUUGCAUAGUCCAAUUUUAUCUGGACUUAGAGUACUAUACCCUGUAAAAAGGACAUACUGGUUUGAUAUUUACAAGAACAUUGAUAAGGUUGGUGCAGUCAAAUGUCCUGUUUUGGUUAUACAUGGGACGGCAGAUGAAGUUGUGGACGUGUCCCAUGGGAAGCAGCUCUGGGAGCUUUGCAAGGUAAAGUACGAACCCUUGUGGGUAAGUGGUGGUGGGCAUUGUAAUCUUGAGCUUUACCCAGAAUUCAUUAAACAUCUAAAGAAAUUUGUACAGACAAUUGGAAAAUCUAAAGCAACUGCAAAUGGUUCUAAAAAGGACACUGUAGAGUCUGAGAAUCAAGGCAAAGCUAGAAAAGAAUCUGAAGGUGGAACAUCUGGUACUUCUGAAUUGGGUAAGGAAAUCCCUGAAGUUUCUAGAAACAGUUUAGAUAGCCGUCUUGAGAAAUCCAAAAAACCAGACAAACCAGAAAAAUCUCGUAUGAGCACAGACCAUGUUGAUAGGUUUAGGAGAAGAAAGGGUUUAGUUUGGUAGUCUCUUACAACUGUAUCCAGAAUAAUUUAUCUGCUAGUAUUCACUUGGCAGGUAAUCUAAUUUCACUCUUCAGGUAAUGAUGCCACUUCUAAAUGAAUAUAUUGAGUGAGUUUUCUGUUUC